AAUAGCAAAACGCUUCCUGAAUCCAAGGGUCGACUAAAGAUGGCGGCCGCCGCAAGGGGUUGGUGCGAUUUACUCAGGUUUUUUUACUCAUUAUUCUUCCCUGGGCUAAUCGUAUGUGGAACUUUAUGCUUGUGUUUGAUCUUUAUACUUUGGAGAGUCAGAGUCAUGCUACAGAGAAAGAAAACCUCAGCACCAACUGGCCAAAAAGUGGUGAUUGCCUUCUUCCAUCCGUACUGCAAUGCUGGUGGAGGGGGAGAGAGAGUCCUGUGGUGCGCGCUGAGGGCCCUGCAGAAAAAGUACCCUACAGCGGUUUAUGUCAUUUAUACCGGUGAUGUUAACGUCAGCGGUGAGCAGAUACUAGAAGGUGCUUUCAGAAGAUUUAACAUCAGAUUAACUCACCCGGUGACGUUUGUUUUCUUGAGGAAACGCUACCUGGUGGAAGACUCACUCUACCCUCACUUCACACUGCUGCUCCAGAGUCUGGGGUCCCUUGUGCUCGGCUGGGAAGCGCUGAUGCAGUGCGUUCCCGACGUUUACAUCGAUUCAAUGGGCUACGCUUUCACGCUGCCUCUGUUUAAGUAUUUAGGCGGUUGCCGAGUUGGAAGCUAUGUGCAUUACCCCACGAUCAGCACUGACAUGCUCUCUGUGGUGAGGAGCCGCAACGUUGGGUUUAAUAAUGCGGCCUUCAUCACCAGGAACCCUGUGCUCAGCACCGGGAAGCUCCUGUACUACUAUUUCUUUGCUUUUAUUUACGGGCUCGUGGGUUCUUGCAGUGAUGUGGUCAUGGUCAAUUCUUCUUGGACGCUAAACCACAUCCUCUUGCUGUGGAAAGUCGGGCAUUGCACCAACACUGUGUACCCACCUUGUGACGUGCAGACAUUUCUGGACAUUCCCUUGCGGGAGAAAAAGACAACCCCGGGGCAUUUACUGGUGUCCGUUGGCCAGUUCAGGCCUGAAAAGAACCAUCCUUUGCAGAUCAGGGCCUUCGCUAAAUUGUUGAAGAGGAAGAAGGCUGAGUCCCUUCCUUCACUCAAACUUGUCCUCAUCGGAGGUUGCCGGAACCAGGAUGAUGAACUUAGGGUAAGCCAACUGAGAAGGCUCUGUGAGGAGCUGGGUGUUCAAGAAGAUGUGGAAUUUAAAAUAAACAUUCCGUUUGAUGAGCUCAAGAAUUACCUGUCUGAAGGAACGAUCGGUCUGCAUACCAUGUGGAACGAGCAUUUUGGGAUUGGUGUGGUGGAGUGCAUGGCAGCGGGCACCGUUAUCCUUGCGCACAACUCGGGGGGCCCGAAGCUUGACAUUGUCGUCCCUCACGGAGGGGAAGUCACUGGGUUUCUGGCAGACAGCGAGGAAGACUAUGCUGAGACCAUGGCUCACAUCCUCUCCAUGUCCGAGGAAAAGCGGCUCCGGAUCAGGAGCAAUGCCCGCGCCUCUGUGAACAGGUUCUCCGACCAGGAGUUCGAAGUGGCGUUCCUGUCAUCUGUGGAGAAGCUGUUCAAAUGACACCGUGCCUGUGCAAGUUAGGUACGGCGUGUAAUGGGUGGACACCGUCACGUGCUAACACUUUUCUAAACUCAUUCCAUGUUAUGAUAAAGUCAGCCUGAGCAUAAUGCACUUUAGGUAUAUAGACAAGGUAUUUAUUUCAAGGAAAAAAGGCAAAAUUACCUAAAUGGAAAAGGUAAACUUAUAUGCUUAAGUGUAAAAUUUUAGAUUCAUGCUUGGUCUCAAAAAUCUGAAAAAUACAGAUCUUAAAGGGAUAAAAAUGAAUACUCUUAAUUUUGGUUGAAUUCAUAUUCAUAUUUUUCAAAUCUCACAUGUCAAACGACUGUACUCUAGUAACCAGGAAAGAGAAUUUCCCUUUAGAAAAAAGGAAAUGUUGAAAGAAAAAUGGAGGACUGAUCAUAGAUUAGUACUUUAGAGUUGUUCUGACAUUUUUGAAACAAAGAUUCUGGUACAUCUAAAUUUUAAAAACUAUUGUAGAUGACCUCUUUCAGUACAGCUAAUGAGUUUCUUAAAAGAAAGAGGAAACUCUAAGCAGGCCCAAUCACAUUUCGGUGAAAAGGCGAGCCGACUGGGCCAAUCUGUGGGUGUGCGCGGUGGCGUCUGGAGCCCAAGGUGCUGCCGGCGAGCGUGUCCGUAACUGGGUGUUGGUCAGUGCAGCUGGCACAUUGGUCUGGGCCUCUCAUCGUUCCCGAGCAUUUCCACCUCGCAGAGGCUGGGAGUCAGCUUUACGUCUCUCCGGAGUCUGAGCAAGAGCAUCACAAGCAGCUGCUUUGCUGAUGGUGAUGGCGUAACGCACAGGUCCAAGUGCACGGCCCCUGUGCGCAGCCUCACGCAUCCCAGGACGACAAGGAGCAGCAGUUAAGCUACCAUGGCCUGACCCCAGCUUCAUCUUCACAAAGCUCCUGUCCUCUGACGUUAAAGCUGUUCCCUCGGCUUCCGAGCCUCAUCUGUAGCCUGGAUGAGGUAAUGCCCGUCCUCACCGCCUUCUCAACUUCUGAUGCCACAUGGAAAGGAGGUAGAGGUACCUCGAAAAUGGUAAAAGUUACUUUAGUAAAAGGUGCCCUACAGUGCAUGUCUUCUGUAUUCCUGUCUUCAGCACCACGUUGGGACCCCAUGGAGAGUCUAGGUUACUGCACCAGUAGCACUGUUAGUUUGUCUGCAGGCCGACUGUUGUCAUCAGAUUAAAGAGCAGCAAAACUUGAGUCCGGGGUGUUCUGACACAGCAACAUAGCUUUGUGUUGGAGAUUACUCGGUUUACAAGAGAGAGACUGGUACAGAUUGGAGCUGGAAGGAAUGCUACAAAGUCCAGUUUUACUUUUAAUUUUACAGAUAAGAACAGCUGAAAGAAUUGAGACUCCUUCAGCAUCACAAAGCUGUUUAAUGACACAAUCGGGAUGAUAAGCUGGGCUUUCUCAUCUCUCACUUAGACUUUGAGGCAGGAUUCCACCCAACCCUCUACCCGAAGGAAAUGUGGGGCAGAGAUAAAGGAACUGAAGCCAAACUUGAGCAGAAGAUGCAGUAGGAAGAAAGGGAUCUUAAGUUCCAUUAAAUAUUUCUUAGACUUGUUUCCCCAAAAUAAUUUUUAUUUAUCACUAAAUUGAAAAACAUGAUUUGCAUGUAUUUACUUUGAUGUUCCUCAUGUCGUAGCUAUUAUUAUAUAUAUUUUUUCCUGAAUGAUGAAACCAUGAAAAGUGUCAAAGCCACGUCAGCUACCGCCUGGAGAAAUUCUAAGUGUCUGUUCUGGAAGGCGUUGCUUUGACCCUGCAGCCGUGGUGACUCACGCGUCCUUGUCUCCAGUUCCGGUGUGUAGGGAUCUGUAUCUAGAUGCAGCUCAGCUGUGAUAGGUACAGGACCACUGUCUGUGUCUACCUGUGAUCUAAAGAAGUGAUUUCCAUUAUCUUGGGUACUCUUCCCAGUGCGGUAUGUUUCUACCCCUCGAGUAGUCUCCCAAUGCUGAGUUAUUUAUGAGCAAGCUUCCCAUGCCAAGAAAAGUUGUUUUUAAAAAAGGGCAAAAAAACCCUUAAGGCAACAAAGUCAUCUUGCCCCUUGUACCCAAGACAGAUAGGUUGGCAGGUUUCUUAAAUAUCUUUUUUAAAAUAAAUAUUUCAGACAUACAAAAUGUUUUUGUGAAGCAGAGCUUUAUUUCAAUAAUUUUCAGGGUAUUUUACAAAAUUGGAGGCAAAAUUAUGAG